UUGUGAUGCAAUAGGAGACAUUUAUCGUUGACAAAUUGAAAACAUUUUUUUCUCCAAAAUAUAAUCAUAUUUCAACUCUCUUUAACACUUUUCAUUGCAAAUUAGCGAGCAGCUGCAGAAUUUGCAUUCAUAGUGUUUGCACUGUAAUAUACUGACUGAUUCGUGCAGAAAACUUGUACGUUUUUCAUACGUACUAUCUCUGCUGAGAAAAGCUGUGUCAAUACUUUUGUAGUUUAUAAAAAUGUGUUACGAAAAUUCUUCUGCCUCUGCUGCUUAUGACAUCUUUUACUUUUCUUCUUGAAUUGGCUGUUUCCACCAUUAUGGCUAUCUAAACUGCUGUUAGGUACAGCAUCCCCGCUAUGGGGUGCUGAAAUAAAUUUUUAAAUGAUUUUUUUAUUUUUUGUUUAAAGAAUUAUAUUAGUUUAGUUACGUUAUAUUAUAUGUUUAUUUUUGUACAUAAACGUACAAAAUAAGAGUUGUGUUUAAAUACAAAAUAAUGGUUUGUUAAAAAGAGGUGUUGUGCAGUGGAAAAUGAAUAAUGGAAAACUUUCCUGAAAAGGAUUGUACAUCAAAAUGCCGAUCAUCUACGCAUGCCAAACAGAUUUUCAGCUGUAUUCCAACAUCCACAGCAUCUCAGAUUAGAGCAUAUUCAGUAUGGCUUUGUCAUAAUUUUCCAGUGAUCACAGAUGAUCUGGGUAGAAAUCUUUUGCAUAUUGCUGCAGCAUGUGGGAAGUGGGAGAUUGUGGAAUGGUUGCUGAAAUAUUGCCAUGUGGAAAUUGAUGCUAAAGAUUAUGAAUCUGGAUGGACUGCUCUUCAUCGAAGCAUUUUUUAUGGACAACUUGCUUCUCUUAGAAUCCUAUGCAUGCAUGGAGCCAGUCUGAAGUUAUAUGAUCAUGAAGGUUUGUCUCCACUAGAUAUUGCCCUCAAAGACCGUUUGCCAUAUCUGGAAUACCAUCCUUCAAAUCCAUCUGAAGUCUAUGUCUGGGGUUCAAAUUUUAACUAUAACCUUGGGCUUGGAAAUUUACAGAGCCGAGAAAUUCCAGAAGUAUUGGAGGUUUUUCGUAAAGAUUUCAUAUCUAUUAAACAGGUUCAGAUAUGUAAAUUUCAUAGCGUGUUCUUAUCUGUGAAUGGUAAUGUGUAUACUUGUGGGUAUGGUCAUGGAGGACGAUUAGGUCAGGACAAUGAAGAUAUAUCCCUUGUUCCUUCUCUUGUGAAAGGAAUUGGCUCACAUCCUUGUGUGCAGGUAGCUGCUGGCCAAGACCAUUUGCUGCUAUUGUUGGAAGGUGGACAGGUAUGGAGCUGUGGCUUAAAUUUAUAUCAUCAGCUUGGACAUGUACCUCCUGUGGAAAAACUUCUUAUACCAAAGCCUCUUUCACUUAAGUUUUUAAAAGGGAAAGAAAUUAUUGGAGUCCGGGCAGCACGUUUUCAUUCUGUAAUGUAUACUAAAGAUUGCGUUUACACUUUUGGAUUGAAUGCUGGACAACUAGGGCAUCCUAAAGGAGAGCGUACUCAAAUAUACCCAAGACAAGUAUCUGCUUUGUAUAAUGAAGGAUGGAAUAUAACACAUGUUGAAGCUAGUGAUGGUGCGACAGUUUGUGCCACAAGUCGUGGUGAUGUGUUUGUUCUUCAUGAAUACCAAAUACGAAAAAUUGCCUCCAGGCAGCUGGAAAUAGUCAAGUUAUCAGUUGUUGGCGGGCAUUUGGACUCUCGAUGUGAUGUGGCUGGUGUUAGAGAAGGCAGAGGAUUAGAGCUUAGAGUUGUGCUGCUCACAAAAUCUGGUAAAGUUUAUCUUUGGCGACAAACAGAUCCAUAUUUGAGAAGGUGCCUUUUCACCUCCCAGAAGCAGCUUCUUAUAUCAGAUAUUCACAUCAAUCAUUAUUCAGUAGGAAUGAUAACUUUUGAUAAUGAAGGAUACAUGGGCCAGAUUCUUCCUUUCAAAGGUCAGCGAUCUGCCCCGCCUCCUGCUACUGUGCAUGUUCCAUCAAUUUUCAGUCGAGAAGGAUCAUCUGGAUUGACUGUAUUGCUGGACAGAGAUGACUGUAAUUUUAUAAAAGUUAAAAGACUGCCUCAUAUUUACCGGGGGACCUCUAUUACCAGUGAUUCAAAGGGGAGGAAUUUUGCCAUUUUGCAAUCCAGUCCUAAAAUGGGCCUUGUGGAAAUUCCCAUAGUCUCAGAAUCGGGGUUACAGCAAAAUAUUUGCAAAUUGCUUUCAGAAACAGAUAUUAAAGAUGAUUUUCAUGAUAUAAUUAUAAAGGUUGGCAAAAAACAGUUUGCUGCUCAUCGAUACAUACUGGCUUCACGCUGUGAUUACUUCAAAAAGCAAUUCAGUAAUGAUAGUUACAAAAAUGGUGAGAUGAUAAUAGAAAAUAUGAAGCCUGAAGCAUUUGAACAAGUGCUCAAAUUUCUUUAUUGCAAUUAUUGUGAUUUCUUAACUCUAGGUUAUGAAGUGAAGUGGUCCUCAGAACCAGAGGCUGGGAAGAAAAAAAAGUCGAAUACAAAAAGUGUGAAAAAAGUGAAUCCUAUAAUUCUAGUCCAAGAAGCAAGUAGAAGGUUGAAUGUUGGAAUUUUAACAAAGAAAUUAGAUGGUGUGAGAAUAGUUGAUGGAAAAAUAACUGUUGUAGAAGAAAUGUUUUCAUCAAAACUUAAUUUCGACAGAUUUUCACUAUCAUUUUUAUCUGAUGUGAAUCUUCUAUCAUGUGAUGGUUGUGUGUUCCAUUGCCACAAAUGUAUACUUGCUGCUAGGCUAGAUUAUUUUCACAGUAUGCUUAGUUCAUGCUGGGCUGAAAAUUCUCGUCUGGAGCAUUUAACUCUUCCAAUAUCAUCUCAAGUAAUGGAGGCUGUCUUGGAAUUCCUUUAUACUGAUAAUACUAAUAAAGUGUCAGCAUCUGAAGAUGCUGAGUUUGUAUGUCAGGUUCUAAUGAUCUCUGACCAACUUUUAAUACCAAGAUUGAAGGAAAUAUGUGAAAUGGCAUUGGUGGAAUUAAUUACUCUCAAGAAUUCUGUGGAACUUCUGGAAUUAUCUUGCAUUUAUAACUCUUUCCAGUUAAAGAGGUCUUGCAUGCAAUUUAUUUGCAUAAAUUUAGCAGCUAUUAUUGAAGCAAGGGGCCUUGACCUUUUGAGUCAUGAUGUUAUUCAGGAUUUAACUGACUAUUACAGAGAUUUAGUCCCUUCUAUGACCAGAAGGAAAGUUUCAUUUUAUAAUCACCCAUCUGAAGAGGAACUGCAGUUCAUAGAAAAAAAUUUUCCUGUCACCAGCAUAUUUACUUUUGAAAAAGCUAAACUAGAUGCACAUGACAACAGAACUAAAAGCAGACGACGUUGCUCCUCUCUGCGUUCCGAGUCAAAGGAAAAUUCGUCAGCUAUCAAAAAUGAAAUUAAUUUGAAAACUGUUGAAAAAGAUAUUGUUUUGGAUAUACUAAUUCCAGACAUUGAUGACUUAAAGUUUGAAGAGAAAAGUGUAGUGCAGGAAAACAUCAAGAAAAGUCCAGUGAUUCCAAGUGAAAUAAGUAAUAAAAGAGGCCAAUGGGUAAUGAAACCACCUACAGCAGAACAGACUAUUGCAUUGGAUAAAAUCAUGUUGGAAGAAAAGCAGAAAUUAAUUCCUGUGCAGAAAAAGUCAAGUGCUGUAGAUAUGAAACCAAUUCCACAUAUAUCACAAAAACAGAAAAAAUUGCUAGAAACAUCAAAAAGCCAUAUUGAAAGCAUUGUGCCAAAUAGUCCACCAUCUUGUCCCUGGGCAAAGCUGCCUGAACAGUCACCUCCGUCUCCUUCAUUUUGGGAUGCAUUUGAGAAAAAGGAAUUUCAGGCAUCUGCUAUAAAAAGAGAACUGCAGAGUCCUACUUCUGCUAGAGCUCAUAAAGAUGACUGUCCUUUUGAGGAAAGUGUGAAAGAUAUAGUUAUUAGCUUAAGUGACAUACAAAAAGCUGAAGAGCAAAAAUUGCAAAGAGCUGCCAAUCCAAAAAUCAAGCCACUAAGUCUCAUAAACAUUGAAGACCAAGCUAUAGAAGAAUUACUGGCUUUGUAUAAUGCUGCAGGUAAUCACAAAGAGAAGAUAACUGUGUCACGUGUUCUACCUAGUGAAGUAGCAAGUCCAGUUUGGAAAAAGAACAGAUAAUUUGUGAUAUUUUGUUUUUUGUUCUGUUUUAUGUUCAUCAGUCAGUAAUAAAUAAAUUUUAAGCAAA